AACCCAAUACCCCAUGUUGUCUUCCUCCUCUGUUAACAGAGGGGAUGUGGACGCCGUGCGGCCGCUCGUGGUCGCGGAUGGCCACGUGCCGGCCAGCCGCCGCACCCCCGACGUCCUACAAGACGCCCCUGUCCCCCCUCCACGAACCCUAGAUCCCCAUUCGCCCCUCUCCCUGUCCCCUCUCCUCGAUCUGGAAGGACUUGAACCGCCGCCGCCAUGGAGCCCCUGGCCCGCGUGGCCACCAUUGCCCCCGAGUCGUGAGAGGUCGUCCACAACAAGCGUCGUCGUCUACUGCAUCAUCUACAAGGAGCAGCUCGAGCUCCUCGCCUCUUCAUCGAGCUGUUCGCCGUCGUCUUCAACCUCUGGCACCGGAGAUCGCUACCACCGCUCCAUGUGCUUUAAGCCUCCCCCGAGCACACUAGGCUGCUCUACGAGUUCUCCAUGCUGGAGCCCAGGAGCUUGACGCCAUCGUCGACGAUGACUCCUACUACAUCGGAG